AAGUUCAGUUUGGCCCUUUGCCGACUGCAUUGCACGUGUAUGUACAUCUGUGAGUAAGUGAAAGAGCAUGGUCAUCUGCUCAGCUGGAUCAUCAAGCAGCUUAUCAAGUUCCAACAAUGCAGACUGUCUACUACAAGGUGCCGGGUUCGUUUCAACAUCGCCACAGACUAACAGCAAGGAAAUCAUUGAAAAGCACUCACAGGCAACAUCACUAAGCGCUGGUGGGCACAGGAGCAAAAGAAGACAAGGAUCGUCGUUUUUUUUUUGAGCAUAUAAAGAAUACGGCGAACGCACCUGUGAAAGGCAAAAGCGUGGCAGAUCAGCAAUGUUGUCGCCGUUUCCCACGUGCCCACUGAAAGUGGCUGCUUGCCGAAGCUAGUUUAUACAGCAUUGAAGAAUUGAUGACGUUGACAAUCCGAUUUGAUGAUUGAAGCCUUGACGCGCCAAGAACGGUAAAUGCAAGAAAAUGCCGUCAUUAAUUGUUCUUCUGUCGAAAUGCUUGUGGCAUCCAAGGCUCAAGCAAGUGUUGUGAACUUGCUGACACGUCCAGCGGAAAUUGGACGCCGAACAGGGCAAGCAUCACGCAAACUUGCGAAAGGCAAAGGCGAGGCAGAUGAGCCAUGUUGUCGCCGUUGCCCACGUCUGAUAUAACUAUUGUACCGGAGCACUUCAGCGACCGUGCUGUGCCAGCAAAGAGAAAGAAGUUGACGUUCGUGUGUCUCACUCUGUCGGUUUUUCAGGCUGCGGCUGCCUUGUGUCAGUGGCCCUUUUCCAGAUGUCGUGCCCACGUUACUGAGUCGAACACGCCUGUUAAAUUUGGCGGAGGUGCUGGGCACUCCCUUUCCUCGUCCUGGAGCUCCGCAGCCGUAGUUUAGCAUCGCCCGCUGCAAUGACUUAGGACGCCACUACCUCUCAAACCGUACCCACCCCCGUGCCUGCCAUGUGUGCUGGUGUGGUUGGUCAGCGUGACCCUUCGACGUACAGUGGUACUGACGAUCGCGAUGCCGAUAACUGGCUGUCCUAGUAUGAACGCUGUAGCGCUCAUAACAAGUGGGAUGACGCUGCCAAGCUGACUCACGUCCUCUUUCACGCGACUGAUGUGGUCAGUCUCUGGUUUAACAAUCAUGAAGCCGAUUUUACGACCUGGUCGGUUUUCAAGGAAACCCUCACAUCAUUCUUCGGUCGGCCAGCCGUGCGCAAGCUUCGCGCUGAACACCGCCUGCGUGGCCGAGCUCAACACAAUGGAUCAGUCAAGAGAAGCUGUGCGCCCGUCAGCCUGAGUUCUGCAACUACAGCGACACAGAAGAAUACAAACAGCGCCUACUACGCUUCCUGGACACGGCCGGCAACUUGGGGGAGCUCGCCAUGGACAGUGAAGUCAUUCUGCAAGUAGUCAUGGAGAACCCCGGAAUGUCCAUCUUCCCCAGCGGCUUCGCCAAGCAGCAUCUGGUGCAGUCGUUCGCAAGGCUUCCGUACUACAUGUGCUUCACCUUCGACUGGAGGGGCAGCAACAGCCUGGUCAACUUUAAGGAAGACCCGCUCACGUACGAGAUGAGCAUGAUCGUGCUCUGGUAUCCCGACCGAUCUCCACGGCUGUCCCACUACGAAAUGGACAUGACCUUCCACCACAUCGACAGCAUAAGCGCUGCCACCCAGCACACACUGCUGCUCAGGCCAUCGGGCAGCUACGAGUACAGCCUGCAACAGAGGAUGCUCAAGAGGCUUGAGUUCCCGUACGACACCAACUGCGUGGAUUAUGCCAAACUGGAAAAGCUGGCUCACUAUCCAGCCUAUCACACUCAGGAAACGUGCUUCGCCGAUUGCGUCCGCAACGAGACGAGGCGCCACUGCGGCUGCACGCUGACCGACUAUCCCUUCCGGGCAUUCCUCAACGAGACGUUCUGCUCGGGACACACGUCGCAGGCCUGCACAGCCCGGUGGCGGCCGUCCUACGAGAAAGCCUGCUCGUCUCGCUGCAGGGUUCCGUGCCACGAAGUGUUCUACGAUGCGAACCCAGUCAAGAGCGAAGAUCCAGGACUCGUUCUCGAAGACGGCGGCUACCAUAUGGUAUCCGUCAAGUUCAGCAUGUCAUCAACUAGCGUCAACGUCCUGAUGUUCAUCGAAAAACUUCAGGUGACCCAGAUCCUGGCGUUGGUGGGCGGCUACCUGGGUAUAUGGCUCGGCCUCUCCAUACGCACGUUCGCCGUCAUCCUCGUCAACUGGGGCUUCGAGAGACUCAGGCGCCUGCAGCGAUCCAAGUACGCGGCCGCCGACCCAUGGUCCUUCGGCGGCUCGCAGGGUUUCGAGCGUGGCCCGUUUCGUGCGGCUGGUCAUAGAGGCCACGUGCCUGGUGCUGUGCGUGCGCAACUCGCUGGCGGACGUGCACCACUACUGGCGCUUCCCGGCCUCCGUCGUCUACAACGAGGACCAGCACGUGCGCUUCCCUGUGCUCACGCUGUGCUUCCCAGACGGCUACAACAAAUCCGGGAUGCAGGUUCAUCAGGAGAUGGAAGCUCCUGUCGACAUCGGCGGAAACGGGGACGCGACGAUGCAGUUCAACGCGGACCACCUGAAGAACCUGAUCGAGCAGGCGUACCCACCGCAGGACAUGAUCCUCCACUGCCGUAUGAAGGCUCGCUCGGACCUGUGCCGGGACUUCGAAUGCAGAAAACUGCAAGCACUUUCGCUCCUCUCUGCUUUGAAAGCGAAUGCUGUCUUUGUAAAGCCGAAAGCAUUUUUCUGCAUCUGCACCUGAUGAGCGCGCUCGGAAAUUCCGUUUUGUGUGCGGUGGACUGGCUGUGUAGCAUCACUUUGUGCGGCGAGAAGGCGCCAGUUGACUGCGUGGGGGCGUGCAGGAAGGAAAAGGUUAGGAUGCAGCAUCGCGCCACGUGACUGAAGCCAAGAGUGGCGUCCCAACACGUGGUGAAAGCGUCAGAGCAUGGGGGAUAGAGCGCGCUGUCGGUUUUAGUACCCCCAGUUGAUUUUUUUCGACACCCUUUCGCAUGGAGAAAGGAAAAAUUCCCUUCAUGUCAGCAAAUCUCGAUUUUUGCUCCGUGAACUCGACGCAAUAUGUCGCGUUUUGGGCCGACACUAAGCAAGGGGACUGGCCUCACGCAGCGUUAGCUUGCUAAGGCGGCUGCGUGACGUAAUGCUGUCUUCUUACUUUUAUUGAGAUAGCAAUAAUAUGAACACUCGAGGAGCAUUUCUGCCGUCGCCGUGAGGUUCCGCGUAAAGUUCAAGGGCGAUAGAACUGGCGCCGUGUGCUGUGUGUGCGAAUGAAAGCGUGCGAUGGUGAGGUGGCGGUCGCGGCUCCAUCUCGCGCAGGGAAGAAGCUCGCACUCUUCCGUCGCGCGCAAGGCUCCUAGGGAAGGGUCGUCUGUUGAGUCCUUCCUUCCAUUGUGAACCCUUUACCAAGUGGGCCAUCAACAAGACCUACUCUUGUGACACAAACUUCCUCUACCAGUUCACUCAAUGGUCUUAACGGGUCACAUAUGAGGUAAUCAGAAAAUAUGAAAUACGCAAACUGCGUAACACUGAGUAAAAUUUCUGAGUGGUCGCAAGCGAACGCUAA